AAAGCGGAAGUAGAAAGCUUUAAUUCUCGGAGACAGCGUGCUUUUUUUCUGCAGAGAGAUACGGGGUGAGAGUGUCAUCAUGCCUGGGGUCUUGCUAGGAGACGUCUUUCCUAACUUUGAAGCGGACACGACUAUCGGCAAGAUCAAAUUUCACGAUUUUUUGGGCGACUCAUGGGGAAUCCUGUUCUCUCACCCACGUGACUUCACCCCUGUGUGCACAACCGAGCUGGCCUGUGCUGCUAGGCUCAGCGACGAGUUUAAUAAGCGCGGUGUGAAGAUGAUUGCCCUGUCUAUAGACAGCGUGGCGGACCACAGUGCAUGGAGCAAGGAUGUGGUGGCACUUCACUCAGAAACAGCAGCCAAUCCUCUGCCAUUCCCCAUUAUUGCCGAUGACAAGCGGGAACUCUCAGUUCUCCUGGGAAUGCUGGACCCUGAUGAGAGGGACAAAGAUGGCAUGCCUCUAACUGCCCGCUGUGUGUUUGUUGUUGGGCCUGAUAAGAGGCUGAAGCUGUCCAUCCUUUAUCCUGCCACCACAGGGCGCAAUUUCACCGAAAUCCUUCGAGUCAUCGACUCUCUGCAGCUGACGGCGAACAAAAAGGUGGCUACACCCGUGGACUGGAAGCCUGGAGAGGAAGUGAUGGUCAUCCCCUCUCUCUCAGACGAAGAGGCCAAGAAGCUUUUCCCUGCUGGAUUCACCACCAAGGAAUUGCCUUCUGGGAAAAAAUACCUGCGCUAUACCCCACAGCCAUAAACAAACCGCCAAGAUCUGAGAAAUGAAUAAAUAAAGCACUUAUUUUCAAAUGAACUUUGUUAAUUUAGUCAGCUCAACAUUUUAGAGCCUGUAUCUGUCUGACACUAAUCAAGUGGGGUGAAGGAAGGCAUUAAUCAGCAGACAUUACAUUCAGUUAAAGUGCAGAAUGUACCUUACUAAAAUAUAGUGCCUUACAUAUAAUAAAGAAAUCUUUUGCCAAAA